GCAAAUUUUCUCAUGACAGUACAUUUGGUAGAUAAACCAGAGCUCCUCCUACAUAAAGACUUCAGUUCUAAGGUCAUUUAAAAUCCAUUAAGCUAAGAAGCUAUUCAUUGAGACAGAUUUCAGUGGUGUUUCAGAAGAAUGUGAUUGUAACUGGACACAUUAUUCAUUCACAGUAUUUGUCUCUGUAACGUGGUUGCUGCCUUGACAAACAAAACGACGACCUGCGGUCAUUUCAUAUGCUUUGGAAUAGUCUUUCUGUAUUUCUUUGCCAAGUGUGCUUGAUUAUAAGACAGGAAGGGAAGUAUUAGAGAUUCUAAUUAAUGUCUCCAAAGUGGAGAAGAGAAAAAAAAGAAGACCUGUGAUAAUUGCCUCUGAUAACUCAUUUCUUGAGAAACCAGAUAAUUGACUGGCUAUUUCAAGGUAUUGAAUCUUGGAGAAAUGGCUUUCGUUCACUUGGAUGUCCUAUGCUUCUAUAGCCUACUCAUUUGCACAGCAUUUAGUUCUGUGUCUUCAAAUGCUGAGAUAAAAGUUAAUCCUCCUCAGGAUUUUGAGAUAGUAGACCCAGGAUACUUAGGUUAUCUCUGUUUGCAAUGGCAACCUCCACUGUUUCUGGAUAAGUUUGAGGAAUGCACAAUAGAAUAUGAAUUAAAAUACCGAAACAUCGAUAGUGAAGACUGGAAGACCAUCAUUACCAAGAAUCUACAUUACAACGACGGGUUUGAUCUUAACAAAGGCGUUGAAGCAAAGAUACACACGCUUCUGCCCCCGCACUGCACAAAUGGAUCAGAAGUUCAAAGUUUAUGGUCAGAAGCUACUUACUGGAAAUCACCACAAGGAAGUCAGGAAACCAAGAUUCAGGAAAUGGAUUGUGUGUAUUACAACUGGCAAUAUUUACUCUGCUCCUGGAAACCUGGUAUGGGUGUCCAUUUUCAUAUCAGUUAUCAAUUGUUUUACUGGUAUGACGGCUUGGACCAUGCCACACAGUGUCCUGAUUACAUCAAGGUUGAUGGACAAAAUAUUGGAUGCAGGUUUCCCCAUUUGGAGGCAUCAGACUAUAAAGAUUUCUACAUCUGUGUUAAUGGAUCAUCAGACUCUCAUUCUAUCAGACCCAGCUAUUUUAUUUUUCAGCUUCAAAAUAUAGUUAAACCGUUGCCACCAGACUACCUUAGUCUUACUGUGAAGAACUCAGAGGAAGUGAACCUGAAAUGGAGCAUGCCUCAAGGGCCCAUUCCGGCAAAAUGCUUUAUUUAUGAAAUUGAAUUCACUGAAGAUGAUACAACUUGGGUGACUACCACCGUCGAAAAUGAGAUACGCAUCGCAAGAAUAUCAAAUGAAAGCCAACAAUUAUGCUUUUUGGUAAGAAGCAAAGUGAACAUCUAUUGUUCGGAUGAUGGAAUCUGGAGUGAGUGGAGUGACGAACAGUGCUGGAAAGAUGACAUAUGGAAGGAAACCUUGGUAUUUUUCUUGACACCAUUUGCUUUUGUCUCAUUGUUUGUUUUGUUAGUAACUUGUCUGCUUUUGUACAAGCAAAAAGCUGUACUGAAAACGAUCUUUCAGAGGAAAAAAGAAGUCUUUUCUCAUCAAGACACAUUCUGUUGACUGAAUAACUUUCAGUCUUAUGGCCAAAUGUUCAACGAGUCUUAUUAAAUGGAAUGUUUUCUCCAAAAAUUUUAAUAAAUCUACCUUAAAAGCA